UCACCAAUCCUUUACAAGGUUAGACUUCUGUAGGAGUACGCUCGUCUUUCUCUGGUGUUUGCACUAGUUCGUAGUCAGAUCCUAGAAUAUCAAGAGCCAGUGCCGCUCAGCUGCAGGCAGUGUGCUGUCACAAUCACCCAGUCGCCUGUUUUCUAGCGAUGCUGCUCUUUGUUGCGCCGAUCACAUCAGUGGGAGCCCCCACCCCCCACCCCCCCACCCCCCCACCCUCUUGCGCAGCCAGGCCCAUCGUCAGUCCCUCUCUGGGAAUAGAUCAGAGAGCAGGUGAGUCACAACUUUGAGGGAGGGAGAGAGCAGCGCUUCCCACGUCAGCAAGGUCGACAGAGAGAUCCUGCGUUCGACGAGGAAGGAUGAAGAGAUGUGUCGCUUUAACAGGCUGAAGAAUAUUUCAGCGGUAUGAUUAGUAUGUCAGGACACCUUUUGCUUUCUGUUCUCAUGGUAAUGACUCCGCUGUUAUGACGUUUUCACACAGUACAUGAAUCACAUUACAACAGCGUAAAAUCACAGGUUGGGGAGUCACUUUUAUUUGUUUUAUUCAGAAAAAUGUUCAGUCCAAAAUGAAUAUGUGCCUCAGUUGGUCCCACAAGGUCUAGCCUUUGUCAAGGCUGCAAGACAUUUGGAUUUUCUGCACUACUCUUUUUACAAUAAAGCAGAUGGUUCACCAUGGAUGAGGACAGAGACAUGAGUUUCAUAACAUACACACAGUCAUGUACUGUAGCUCAAACCGAAGUCCGUGUGAAAGGAAAGAGGGACAAGCUGUACCCACCAUCGCAGUUUCCCAGAUGACAUCACACAUAACAUGCAGCAAUGUUCUCGUGUUGAAGAGAUGCAAUUUAACAUGAAUGCAAAGCGAAUAUUACAUUUUACAUCCAUACUGGCAGAGAGAGUGGAGGGAAAGCUGUUAAACCUGUGACUUUAACGUGUGAAGACAGGAUAUCUGCAGAGUAUUACCUCAAGGGUAGGGCUGCCAAUAUUCUAUAUUUUUAUUAAUGUCCACAAAUUGAAUGAAAACCAACAAGGGUUGUUUCUUAGGGGUGUAAAUCACAAGUUCCAUCUCAAUAUGAUAUAUCAGUUCUUCGGACAACAAUAGCAUUUGCUGUUAGCACAAAAUCUGGCAUGAUACAAUUUUGAUUACGUUGAAUUCAGGAGGCUGUGAUUGAUAUGAGACGAUACGACUAAAUUUCCUCACGGCCUUUUUCUUGGCUGCUUGACAUUAUCUGCCUCUGUUAUGCGGCUAGCACUGCUUGAAUCUUGAAGAAGACAGAAAUGGUAUCACACAAGUGCCAUGGGAAUUUCAAAAUAAAGGUGUAUCCUAAAGAUGACAAUAUGAAUCGCUUUACAUCAGUAACACUGGAUCAAUUGAAUUGAUUUCUCGAUCCAUAUUAAUGUAUCCCGUAGUUCUGGGUGACAAAUACAUGCCUUUAUCUUUUAGAGGCUAAAUAAUUUACUAAAACAGCUGAGCACUGUUUUUUGGAGUAAAGAGUGAAUUUUGGUGCACAAAUUUUGCACAAAUUUUGCACAAAGCUGUGCAUUAAAACAUUUUGUGCAUAUUGACAACAGGGUGUCUACAGGUCCUUCAAAUGUCGUAAAAUGCUUUAAAAACAGUUUUAUGAAUAUUGGGCCUUAAAAGUAAUUGAAAAGUCUUGAAUUUGUGACAUCAUAAUUGCCAUAAAUAUUUUAUCUGGUUUUAUUUAUCCAUCUAAAUUGUCAAAAUGAGUCAAGAUCUUGUGCUUAGAAGUCGACAUUUCUGAUGUUACUAAUCUUCAAACCCACAAAUGGACUUAAUACUGCCCUGGGUGGGGCGGAAAUGAUAGUGUAGUAUCGCGAUAUUUUGCGUGACGAUAUUGAGAAAUUGUUUUGGACGCUGGUAUUCGCUGCCUAACCCUUGUGAAUUUUUUUUUUAAUAUAGUUGGGGUUUUUUUUGCCAACUAUUUAAAAUGGUAUUAAUAAAUCGUAUUUUAUUGUAGAGUAGAUCAGCUGAAUGGAGCAGCAGAAGCAGCAGCAGCAGCGGGGCCUCUGUAGCUUCACACCGGGCGAGCGGGCAGGCUGCAGGGCUGCGGUCUCCACCGGUCAGGCCACCAUGCGUUUAUCCAUCACCUCGACCACCGGCAGCCCGGUGGAGCUCACUGUCCCCAGAGGAGAGACUGUGGAGGGACUGAGAACACACAUCUCCCACAAACUCAGGCUGCAAACAGACAGAAUCGUCCUCCUGUACAGAGACAGGCAACUGACUGCAGGCAAACUGUUGGACCUGGGUGUAGCAGAUGGGAGCAAGCUGACCCUGGUCCCUGCUAUUGAAGCUGGUUUAGUGUGCUCCACUGCCAGAGCAAGGAGGACAAUGAUGGACGUCUUGGAAAGUUUAACAGAAGUCCAGAUUAGUGACUUCCUGUCUGGGCGCUCGCCUCUCACCAUUAACCUGGGAAUUGGUGCCCACAUGAUGUAUGUGCAACUCCAGCUGUCCGCACAGAACGUAGUGGCGUUGCAGCAGCACCAGGAGCUGAGAGCUGGGAGCAGCGGCGAGCUUCAAACCAGUCUGCCCCCUGCUACCAGGAUGAGCCACCCUGACUCCAGGGGAUCCACCAUUUCCCAAACCUCUACUCCGGCCCCGGACUCAUUGGACUUCACACCCUCGAUCCGACUGAGCGCUCAAAAGCACAAAACUUCCUUCAACUCAACAGCUCCCACCUCCCACUCACACACCUCUGCCCCUCCACACCGACCCCGUCCUCCCCACUCUAUGUACAUGUCCUCUCCUGUUCUUUCACCCCCUUCCUUUCCUUCUGGUUGUCCACAUCCCAGCUCUCCACCACCAGCAGCCACACCAGUCUGUUCAGCGGCUCCCACCUGCGCCAUUCCUGGUCCCCGGAGUCCAGCACCAGCUUCAACCUUCAAAGAGAAUAAUGUUCAUACCUCAUCGUCUACUGCAGAGCUCUGCAAGAAGCCAGGAGCGGUCAUAGAGAGUUUUGUGAGCCACUCGCCAGGCGUCUUCUCUGGGACUUUUUCUGGCACUCUGGCCCCCUGCAGUCAGAGCGCCAUCAGCCAUCCUCGACGUGGCAUUAGCAUCAUUCUCCAGAUCCUCAACGACCUCCUCAGAGCCGCCUACCACCACCAGGGGGCUCAGCCUACCCCUCCCCAUCUCCACUGUCUUGACUCGAACCCUGCAGCCAGCCCACUGCUCACACCAGAGGAGCUGAACAAAGCACAAAGCAAAACUCUUGCGACCCAGAGGCCAGAAAACCUCAGUAAAACUCCAGGUGAGGACAGUCCCCCCAUCUGCUCACCCACACAGGAAAAUCAAACUUUACACUGUAAGCUAGAGCGCCUGCAGUUUUUGAUGCAUCAGAGGCGUCUUCGCAGGCGGACUCGCAGGAACUCCCAAACUUCUCACCCCUACCAGCAGCGUCACCAUUGUCCCUAGUGUCCCAGACACAAAAGAUCCGCUCACUGUGACAGCAGUGGCAGCUGUCUGGUGAAGAGAAGGAGCCAUUGUGGAAACCAAAGCUGACCUCUGAACUGCAGAGUGAACUCAGGGCCACUGAAGGUGUCUGAGACGGAGAUGUUUUGUUGCUAUUGUAACACUAUUUCUGAAGAAUGUAAGCUGAAAACGUCAGAGCAGUCUGAUUCCUGUGGCUGUCACUGUGCUCAGCAUGUUAUUACAUCUGUCCUUCAGUGACAUUGGCUCUCAUUUAUGUAGCAGAAGGUUCCAAUGUACAUUUUCAUGUUAUACAUCUUGUUGUGUUGUACAAAGAUCUCUUACCGUAUGUUUCUGUAUUCCAAUGCCUUAAAUGUACAUGUCUUGAAUGUAAACUGUAUGUUUUGUUCUGUGCAGAGGAUGUUCCUCUAAAAUAUUUAACUUAUGCAAUAUUAAAGUGUAAAAACAAGGAAGAGAAAAAGAAUAAAGGGAAACGUUAUGAA